AGGCUAGUUAAAAUAAGACUUUAGUAACUUAAGGUUUUGAAAGCAUUCCUGUUUCUUUAGUAUAAAUUCUUUUGAGCAGGGGUCACCAGCCCCUAGGCCGCAGACUGGUAAUGGUCAGACUGGUAAGGAACUGCUCCGCACAGCAUGGGCUCAAAUUACCACCUGAACCAUUUCCUCACCACCCGUGUCCCCGCCCUCCCCAGGGAAAAAUCGUCCACCAAUCCGGUCCCUGGUGGCAAAAAGUUUAGGGACCGCUGCUUUUCAGGAAAAAAAAACCUUGGAUAAAUUGGACUUUUCAUGCUUUUGAAGCAGUUUUGCUGAAUUAAAUCCUUUCCAGAAAUUGUAGUGAGUAGAAAGAUGGAACUAGAGGCAAGGAAGUUGAAAGCUGCAAGUCUAAAGCAGCAAGCUAGAAAAGGUAGAAGUUAAAAACAUGGCUAAAGGUGUGGUGACUAAGGACUAGGUGAGAGAAGAGAUUUUCAGACGAGACUGUUCACACCUCAGAACCUUUGCUUACACUUAUACCCCUUCGCAACCGUAUUGUAAUCUUUCUCACCCAAAUUAUUGUUCUCUCCUACAUGCUUCCACAAAAUACAGUAGGAGUACCUGAAACCCUUGAAAGUCAAAUUGUCUGUUGCUAAGCUUUGUGCUUGGAGGACCAGGCAGUUGCCUACAGUGAGGGCGAUAAAUAAGUUGAAAUCUUUGCUGUGAUAUUGCGAUGGUAUCCCAGGGCACGAAAGGAAUCUGAAUAUAAAGGGGAAGGGAAUCUGUCCCACCAAAUGUCCACAAGCAAAUGAAGCGCCUUCUGGAGGGGCGGGGUCUCGACCCUAACCCUGAGUGGGCCGGCAAAUCUUGAAACCCCGGCCCCACCCGCCGCCCGGGCCGCUUACGGGAGCUUUGCGCACGCGCGCGUAGGGGACGGCGGCCGACGUGAUGCGUGCGGGGCGCGUGCGCAGCAGAGCCGCACGGUGGCGCGCUUCCUGCUCGUGACGCUCCCGGGUUCGUGUUCUCGGCAUGGGCACCUUGCUGUCGCCGUUGCUGACUCUGCUAUCGCUCCUUUCCGGCCCAUGGCUCGAACUAGGGAAUGGGCAGAUGACCAACAUGGUCCAGCUACCAGGUGGGAGAUUCCAGAUGGGAACAAAUUCACCAGAUGGCAGAGAUGGUGAAGGACCUGUCCGGGAGGUGACAGUAAAACCCUUUGCCAUCGACAUAUUUCCUGUCACCAACAAAGACUUCAGGGAUUUUGUCAGGGAGAAAAAGUACCAGACAGAGGCUGAGGUGUUCGGGUGGAGCUUUGUCUUCGAGGACCUGGUCUCCGAUGAGGUUAGACACAAAGCAACGCAGAAAAUGCAGGCUCUUCUCUGGUGGCUUCCAGUGGAAAGGGCAUUCUGGAGGCAGCCUGCAGGUCCCGGCUCUGGCAUCCGAGAGAAACUGGAGCUCCCAGUGGUACACGUGAGCUGGAACGAUGCCCAUGCCUACUGUGCUUGGCGGGGGAAACGGCUGCCCACUGAGGAAGAGUGGGAGUUUGCUGCCCGAGGGGGCUUGAAGGGUCAGGUUUACCCCUGGGGAAACGAGUUCCAGCCAAACCGCACCAACCUGUGGCAGGGAAAGUUCCCCAAGGGCGACAAGGCUGAGGAUGGCUUCCACGGAGUCUCCCCAGUGAAGGCCUUCCCCCCACAGAACAGCUAUGGGCUCUAUGACCUCGUGGGCAACGUGUGGGAGUGGACAGCGUCCGCGUACCAGGCUGCCGAGCAGGACAUGCGCGUCCUCCGGGGGGCGUCCUGGAUCGACACAGCUGACGGCUCUGCCAAUCACCGGGCCCGGGUCACCACCAGGAUGGGCAACACUCCAGAUUCAGCCUCAGACAACCUAGGCUUCCGCUGUGCUUCCAGUGCAGGCCGACCGCCUGGGGAGCUGUGAGCGGCCAUGCAGAGACGAGAAGAGUCCCCCGUGGCACUCGUGGCACCCCCUGGGCACAUUCCAAACACACCCAAACUCUUCAGACGACCUCCGUCCCCUCCCCCACCCUCUGUGGCAGGCAUCUCUCUCCAGGGCAGGAAAGGACCCUGACCUCCAUGGAGGGGUGCCGCUGUCUCUUGGAGAAGGGACCCAACUUAUUGAUUGUGGCCAGGAGCUGGAUGUUUCCUAUAGAGGUCCAAUGUUGACCCUGUAGGGGCCAGAUGCUCAAAAGAGUUGGGGUACAGUGCUCUGAAGGGCAGUUUGUGAAAAAAUUUUAAAUCUGCUCCCUCCCCCUUUCUCCCUGUCUGACCCCAGGAUGUGACAUUGUUUGCUCAGGACAGAAUUUCCCCAGGGCUCCUUAUUUUCCCGGCAAGUUGCUGUAGAAAGAAAAUGGUUCCUUCAUUUGCCUUAUUGGUGGGGUGACGUGCACCUCCGAGGGAACCUAGUUUCCACUGUGUGUGAAAUGCAGUCCUGUGGGCUCUUUAAAGCACAGUGUCAGUCUUACAAGGGUCGAGGAGAACAACAGAUUUGCCAGGCGAAACUGCACCACGGGAGUCCCAGAGUGAAUCAGUCAUACUCCACAGAGACAAAGCGCAGGAGCUUCCCUUUCUAUUGUUUGCUAUGAGAGGGCUACCAUCUGCCUCUAGGAACAUGUCCCCAUUGAAGAGCCUGCUCCCAUGGUGUCACUGGACGUUGUGAGGUCAGUAAACUCUCCUGUGAUUGUAA